CAAACAUACAUCAAUAUUUCACCACCCAGACAAACCACUUCACUACUUGUCAAAUAAUGGAAGCCACUUGGGUUGUUGCACACGUAGCUGCAUGGCUAGGAGCUCUAGCCCUCAUCCUCCUCUCUCGCCGCCUCCGCCACCGCAAGCUCAAUCUGCCACCCGGCCCUAAACCCUGGCCUAUCAUUGGAAACCUCAACCUCAUAAGCCACCUUCCCCACCGUUCCGUCCACGAGCUCGCCCUAAAAUACGGCCCCAUCAUGCAGCUCAAGUUUGGGUCAUACCCUGUCGUCGUGGGUUCUUCAGUAGAAAUGGCCAAGGCCUUCCUGAAAACACACGACGUCACUUUUGCCGGCCGCCCUAAAUUCGCAGCCGGCAAACACACAACCUACAACUACUCGGACAUCACUUGGUCCCCGUAUGGCCCAUAUUGGCGGCAAGCCCGUAAAAUGUGCAUCACGGAGCUUUUCAGCAACAAACGCCUAGAGUCUUAUGAAUAUAUUAGGAGGGAGGAAAUGAGUGCCUUGCUUAAAGGAUUAUAUGAUUCCUCCAACUCCAACGUUUUGCUCAAAGACCACCUCUCAACCGUGAGCCUCAACGUCAUAAGCCGGAUGGUGCUUGGAAAGAAGUACACUGACGAGACUAAAGAUGCGAUUGUGAGCCCCGAUGAGUUCAAGAAGAUGUUGGAUGAGUUGUUCUUGCUGAGUGGGGUGUUGAACAUCGGCGAUUCGAUACCUUGGCUUGAUUUUUUGGACUUACAAGGGUACAUAAAGAGGAUGAAGACUUUGAGCAAGAAGUUGGAUAUGUUUUUGGAGCAUGUGUUGGAUGAACAUAUCACAAAGAGGGAGGCUGGUGGGAAAGACUUUGUUGUAAAAGACAUGGUUGAUGUGCUCUUGCAGCUUGCUGAUGAUCCUAACCUAGAAGUUAAGCUUGAGAGGCAUGGGGUCAAGGCAUUUACUCAGGACCUAAUUGCCGGAGGAACGGAGAGCUCAGCAGUGACGGUGGAAUGGGCAAUUUCGGAGCUCCUAAGGAAGCCGGAGAUAUUCAAAAAGGCAGCAGAGGAGCUAGACAGGGUGAUUGGAAGAGAGAGAUGGGUUGAGGAGAAGGACAUUGUUAAUCUCCCAUAUGUUGAUGCCAUUGCCAAAGAAACCAUGAGGCUGCACCCAGUGGCACCCAUGUUGGUGCCAAGGCAAACCAGGGAAGACUGCCAAGUAGCUGGCUAUGACAUACCCAAGGGCACCAGAGCCCUAGUGAGUGUGUGGACAAUAGGAAGAGACCCUGAAUUGUGGGACAACCCUGAGGAGUUCUUCCCUGAGAGGUUCCUAGGCAAGGACAUUGAUGUCAAAGGCCAGGACUUUGAGCUGCUCCCUUUUGGGUCAGGCAGGAGGAUGUGCCCUGGCUACAGUCUGGGCAUUAAGGUCAUUCAGUCAAGUCUGGCUAAUCUGUUACAUGGAUUUACAUGGAGAAUGCCAUAUAACAUGAAGAAAGAGGAUUUGAGCAUGGAGGAGGUUUUCGGGCUUUCGACACCGAAAAAAACUCCCCUUGUUGCAGUCUGUGAGCCUCGUCUUCCACCUCAUGUUUACUCACUGUGAUUAUGUGAGUUUCUUUGUAUCAGCUAGUUCCUCUCAAUAAUGUUUAGUACUUGGGAAAGUUUGUUAUGAGUGCAAUCCCAAUCCAGACCUAUUCCUGUAUUUCCAUUUUUUUUUCUUUUGUUUCACUUUUAUAUGUGGAAGUAGUAAAGUUAGUUGAUGGGUGGCUUUCACUCUCCUUCAGGAGGGGGUCUUUGUGUGGCACCCGUUGUGAUGGCUCAUUGGAUGAUGUGAGAAAGGUUGGGUCAUUACAUGGGAGUAGUGUUGAAUUUUAAAGCAAAGGAUUUGUGUUUAAGAUCUA